AUGCGAAGCAUUGUUUUCCUCGUGCUGCUUGUCGGCGUCGUCGUUGCGAUGAGAGAUCAGUCGAUCGCCGUAAAGGUAUUUCGGAGAGAAGAAAAAAAAGAGAGAGUGCGUCACGUUCCAGGGAAAGUUGAUUUGCGGAGACAAACCGGCGAGCAACGUGCGCGUGAAGCUGUGGGAGGAGGACUCCGGACCGGAUCCGGAUGACCUGCUCGACCAGGGAUACACCGACGGAACGGGGGCGUUCAAUCUGAAGGGAGGAACUGCCGAACUGACGGACAUCGACCCCGUCUUCAAGGUAUACCACGACUGCAAUGACAGCAAGCUGAAGGUAAUCAGGGAGUUGUUGGUACCGUCAGUUAACAGGAAUUACAUUGCAGCCAGGACUCCGCAAGAUUCGUUUCAAGCUGCCAAAGUCUUACAUCACCAGCGGAAAGGUUCCAAAGAAGACCUUCGACAUCGGCACCCUCAAUCUUGAGACCAUUUUCGCCGAGGAAGAGCGAGAGAUCCUUCCCAAGUAG